UUAAAUUAAAUAACGAAAUCAAAAUAGUAAAACAAAAACAAAAGCUGACCGUGGCGUGUCAUUCUGUAACUGUUAAACCAUAACUAAAGCAAUCUAUCUUUGUUUUACAGAAAAGUCUGGAUAAUCACUUUAUCCCGUUUUGGUUUGUGGUUUCGAUACAGAGGAACUACUUCCGGGAACCCGGUGCUGGUGAGGAUGUGAGUUCGGCACCGAAGCCAAACUCCUGAUACCGCCGCAGGAAGGAGGCAGCCGGACAUCAUGAGGGAAGAUGAAGCCGACCGUCCCGCUUCUCCUCUUGGUGCUCCUCGCCGCGGCGGGCCUGAGCCGGGCCCAGCUGAGGACAUCUCUCCUGGACGUGUCCGCCGUCCUCCCGAGCCUCAGCCGACCGGCCAACCACAGCCGCAUCUCCUACGCCGCCAUGUUCGACGCCGGGAGCACGGGCACGCGGAUUCACGUCUACACCUUCAUCCAGAGCUACUCGGAGCAGCUGCCCGUUUUGGACAAUGAGGUGUUCCAUUCCAUAAAGCCGGGUCUGUCAGCGUACGCCGACUACCCUGAAGCGGCCGGAGAAACCGUGCGGAUGCUGCUGAAGGUGGCCAAAAAGGCCGUCCCUCGUCUGGACUGGAAGCGGACGCCGCUGGUCCUCAGAGCCACGGCGGGGCUCCGCCUGCUGCCCGCGGCCAAAGCCCAGGCCCUUCUGGACCAGGUUCAACACGUGUUCGACGAGUCGCCUUUUUUGGUGUCGGACAACAGCGUCAGCAUCAUGAACGGCACGAACGAAGGCGUUCUGGCUUGGAUUUCUCUCAACUUCCUGACAGGUCAUCUGAAGGCGCCCGCCAUGAAGACGGUGGGAAUCCUGGAUUUGGGAGGAGGAUCCACGCAGAUCACGUUCCUGCCCAAACGGAGGCAAACAAUCGAGAGCGCUCCCGGGGACGAUUACGUCGCCAGAUUCGAUUUCCUCAACUCAACGUCUGAGCUGUACACUCACAGCUAUCUUGGUAACGGCCUAAUGGCUGGCCGACUCGCCACUCUGGGUGCUCUGGGCGCAGAAGGGUUGGAGUGGCAGGUCUUUAAAAGUUCCUGCCUGCCGAGUACGUUCAGGGAUGACUGGAGCUUCGGGGGUCUUACCUACCAAGUGAGCGGAGACCCAAACGGUCAGGCAGGAUACAAGCUCUGCUAUCAGGAAGUACUUAAGGCGGUGAAGGGGAUUAUUCAUCAGCCGUACGAGCUCCAAGACGGCGGCGUGUUCUACGCGUUCUCCUAUUACUUCGACAGAGCUGUGGACGCGGGCCUUAUCAAUAACGUCCACGGAGGAUCGCUACAGGUCAGAGGCUUCAAGAAGAGAGCCAAAGAGGUGUGCAAUAAGAUGACCAAGUACCCGCCUGUCAGUCCUUUCCUGUGCAUGGACCUGACCUACAUCACCUGCCUGCUAAAGGACGGCUUCGGCUUCAAGGACAGCGCCGUGCUGCAGUUAACCAAGAAAGUGAAGAAUGUUGAGGCUAGCUGGGCUCUGGGCGCCAUGUUGGACCACUUUCACAAGCUGAGGAUCCACUAAGGAGCGAUGAAGAACCAACGGCGAUUAAGAUUAAGCUUCACCGUUUCUCUUAACCGCCUCGUCCAGCUGCUCAGACGGAAAUAACUCCCAGCUGAGUUUUCAGAAGCUGCGUCUCUCAGGUGUCAAUAUAUCCUGCUGUAAAUCUGCAAGGUCUGGCAGCGGCUAGGAAGGACUGGAGGCUGAACGAAAGACGUCUGCUGGACCUGGACAGAACCUCAUUAACAGUUUGCUUCAAAUAGAUGUUUACUAGCGGUAAUAAACAAGGUGGAUCAGUGCAAAACAAA